GAAAUGGCUCAUAAGAAAACUAGUUCUAAGGUAGUUGUGAGACAACUUCAACAAGAACUGGCUGAUACUCUGAAGAAACAGUCUAUGUCACAUCUUCAUCUGGAAGAUGAAACACGGAAUCUCAAGAAGAAAUUAGGUCAAAUCAGAAGUCAGUUGCAAGAAGAACAGGAACGACAUGCAGAGGCCGUAAGAUAUGCUGCGGAGAUGAAAGAUCAUGUGCAAAAGUAUAAUUUAAACCUCUUAGAAAAUAACUUGUUUAUUUAUAAAGCAGAUAAACAGUGUAGUAUGGGAAAUGUAUUAGUUAUGCCAGUAUAUCAUUGUUAAGCUGGAUACAAAUUCCAGCUUUGAGCUAUUUUUAAAUGCAGAAUUGUGGCAUAUUAUCUCUCAAUUUUGCACCUUAUCCACAAAACACGAUGAGAAAAAUGGCACAAUUCCGAAAUCUUCCUCUUGACAAAAUUUUAAGGAUUUCUGUAAUACCCUCAUUUGUUCAGAAAGUAUGUGUUGUUGUUUUAAAUUUAUGUGUGAGAAUAAUUACCUUAAGAUCUGCAUUUUAGGCUACAGGUUAAAAAUGCCAUGCAAGAAGCAACCAUCAAACAUCAAGUGGCCCAGAUUCAAGAUCUUGAGAGCAACGUGAUAAAGACACGUUUGUUACAAGAAGCACAGAAACGACAUGCAGAGGCCGUAAGAUAUGCUGAGAAGAUUAAAGAUCAUAUGCUAAAGCUAAAGGUUAAAAAUGCCAGGCAAGAAGAAACCAUCAAACAUCAAGCGGCCCAAAUUCAAGAUCUUCAGAGCAACUUGCUAAAGGCAAGUUUGGCUGAUGUCCUUACAACAGAACUGGAAACUACAUCUUCAAAAUGUCUACACCUGGAUGCAAAAAAUCAAGUUCUUCAACAAGAGUUAUUAUCAAUGAAAUCUUUCGAAGAAGAACGUGAAAAACUAGAGAGCAAUAACAAGAAGUUACAGCAAGAAGUAGUAAAAUUGAAACAAUUUAUGGAAAUGAAUAUGGUAGAACGCAGUCAAGUGGAACAGUAUAAACGGGAGAUUGAAGAAAGAGCACGACUGGACAUAGAAGAAAAAUUACACGAAGUCAACCUGUUUUUACAGGCACAAGCAGCAGCUCAAGAAGACUUGGACCAGUUAAGAGAAAAUGCUCAUGCUUCAACGAGAAGUCAAAUGGAACUUAGAAUUAGAGAUCUGGAAUCUCAGGUCUCUACAAUGAAGACUUCUCAAGAAGAUUCGACUAAAACAGAGUUGGAAACCUACAGGCAACUCUGCCUAGAAGAAUUAAAAGUUAGAAAGUCCUUGAGAAAUAAGCUGAACACGACUAAUGAGAGACUGUCAGAGAGCAAUACAAAACUUCUUGUGGAGAGACAGCAGCACCAAACUUUACUCAGGACCCUUACUAUGAGCCCAGGCCUGGAACCACCUUAUUGUGGACAUUUUGAAAAUAAUUUAGUGCUCAAUGGAAACUUUACUCCAGGAGGAAACUUAGUGAUUCCUACCUUGAACCCACGGCCGUCAUAUGACUACUGAGAGACUUCCUUGUGGAAGAUGCAGCGGGAGUUGGAAAAAGAAUAACCAGAGCACUAGAAGAAGCUGCUACCGAAUUUGAAUGAGGAUCCUGUAGAAAUCCUUUAGUAUCUACUGAUGAUUCAAUUCUAAAUCAAGAUCCAGUAUGGAAAGCGUCACGAGAAUAUGUACAGAUUUUGAACAAAAAUUAUACAAUUUGAAAAAUAAAUAGAAAAAAUUUACUGGAUGCUUACAAAACAUUUUCAUUGCUUCCCAAUUGAACACACUAUACGGCAAAAUCUUGAUUAAAGGAAAAAGUUUUUGUUUCAUAUGUGUGUAAUGAAAAUCUUUAUAAUAUUUUAAACUAUGUUUCUUGGCAUCUCAUUAACUUUUAAGCACAUUUUGUACGUGGAAACCAGCACUAGAGGGUUUUACAUACAUCAGACCGCUCCACUACCAGCGGUUUGAACAGCACCCAAACAACCAAGUUGUCAUUAAUACUUCAGUAGUGUUCAUGGAUGGCUUUUUGUAUUUUCCAAUUUUUAUGACUAUAUGUGGGCCUAAAGAUUUAGACAUUAUUUUGAUGUAUUCCUGCUGUGGCUAUUGACAAUGUUUGUACAUAUUACAUUUUUUUUAUAGUGCCAUAAAACCUAUCUAUGAUUUUAAUUGUAAACACUGAUUCGUAGCUCUUUCCACAUGGAGAAAUAAGAUUUGCCAAAGGCUUUUCACCUUUUCUAGUUAUUUAUUUAUUUAUUUUUGAUUUGCUUUUUAGAAACAAAG